CUCUCGUUCAACAUGCAUUCGGGCUACCUCGAGGGCAUCGUGCGCGGCUACAAGAACUCGCUGCUCAGCGCCUCGGCGUACGCGUCGCUGGCGCAGUGCGAGACGCUCGACGACCUGCGCAUGCAGCUCGCCGCCACCGACUACGGCAACUUCCUCGCCGACGUGCCGUCGCCCAUCUCGACGAGCACGAUUGCCGAGCGCGCCACGCGCAAGAUGGUCGCCGAGUUCGAGUACCUGCGCUCCAACGCCACGGGCGACCUGGCCAAGUUCCUCGACUUUCUCACCUACGCAUACAUGAUCGACAAUCUCAUCCUGCUCAUCACGGGCACGCUGCACGAGAAGGACACGCACGAGCUGCUCGAGCGCUGCCACCCGCUCGGCGUGUUCGAGUCGAUGCCGGCGCUGUGUGUCGCGACGACGGUGGAGGAGCUGUACCAGAGUGUGGUGGUCGAGACGCCGCUGGCGCCGUACUUCCGGGAAUGCGUCUCGGCGGCAGACCUCGACGACCUGAACAUCGAGAUCAUCCGCAACACGCUGUACAAGGCGUACCUCGAGGACUUCUACCACUUCUGCGUCGGCCUGGGCGGCACCACCGCCGAGUCGAUGGCGACGCUGCUCUCGUUCGAGGCGGACCGCCGCGUGCUGAACAUCACGCUCAACUCCUUUGGCACGUCGCUGUCCAAGGAGGAGCGUGCGCGGUUGUUCCCGACCAUCGGGCGGCUAUUCCCGGCGGGCAACAACGUGCUGGCGCGGGCAGACGACGUCGAGCAGGUCAAGGGCGUGUGCGAGAUGAUUCCCGAGUACCGCGGCUUCCUCGGCGGCGAGGGUACGGGCGCCGGCGCCGGCGAGACGAGCGCAGAGGGGCUGGAGGACAAGAUGUUCCGCGAGGAGACACGGCUGAACAAGCUCGAGACGAUCACGCAGUUCCAGAUGGGCAUCUUCUACUCGUGGCUCAAGCUCAAGGAGCAGGAGAUCCGCAGCAUCACCUGGAUCGCCGAGUGCAUCAGCCAGAACGUCAAGGAUCGCAUCUCCGACUUUGUCUCGUACUGAUCUGUGUCCCCGCCCGCCCCUCAUUGUCUCAUAGCCUCGCCCCUUCAUUGUUCACACGUCAUGCGGUCCUGCGAGUGGCGUGAGCUCUGGUGACCGGUGGUGCGACGGCAACGCGCAAGGGGUGAAGGCGUCCGACGAAGAUGACGGCGAUGGCGCGGGCAUGGACAAGAUGAGCGUGUGCUGCGCGUACCUCGAGUGCGCUCGCGCUGUGCUGCUAUAGGCUCCCACCGUCUGAGCACCGCGGCGCCAUUCUCACUCUCGUCAAGCACAUUAGUCGAUGCAUUGGGCCACCGGCCGCUGCGGGAGUCGGCUCGAUCACUGCACCCGUCGGCCUUGAGCGCGUGUGCCCGCGCCCAGAGACAUGGAGGCGCGACGAAUGAGGUCUGCACCCAGGCUCAGAGCACGCAGGCACCGAGUGGCGCUGGCGUCCUCGUUCUCGUGUCUCAGUAAGAGUCCCACU